AUGAGCUCCCCUGCUCGAGGCGAUGCGGAAGGAGGCGACAAUGAGGACGUGCAGGCAGACGAGACAACCCGUACAGAGGAUGAGCGGGAGCGGCGGCGGAAGGAGGAAGAGGAUGACACCGACGACGAAGACGGCAGUGUGAUCUUUGGGGACAUGCAGGGCCACGAAAGGGACGAUCCGAUGGAUGAAGCAGGUACUGGAGGACUAGAUGAGCACGAAUUGCUGGAGCAAGACGUGCCUCAGAUACUACGAGAGGAUGUAGAUGGAGGAGUAGAGACGCCGGACCUUGAUCUCGGACCAGAUUUGGGACCCGACCCAAGCCCUUCAACACCGCUAGCGGCGAGUCCCCUGGCCAGCCCAGCAGACUCCGGCUCCAUACCAGACGAUACGCCCUCCCUACAAGGCUCCCUUCUGUCCUCGCCUGGCCGCGUAACAUCUCCUUCACAUUCACCACGGAGGCCGAUCGGGCGCACCGCCUCCAGCGCACUGCAGCCAUUCGAGCGCCGCUUCGAGACAAGGCUUUCAACUUCUCCCUCUCCCUCACCUCGGCCCUCUUCCCCUGCCUUCCUCACGCCACAUUCACGGCAGGUAUCACUAGCAUCGCACUUCUCUGCUUUGUCAUCUCAGGAUGGCUCAGUGUCAGGUGACGAGGCUCCGCAGGCUCCAUGGGAAGUGAUACGCUGGAACAGGCUCCGCAAGAUCACUGGCCAAGCCUUCUCGGAAUCCGGCAAACGCAGCUUCGGUCGACCAACAUGUCUUGCUGUGUCUGCUUUGAUCGCCAUAGGGACGUCCAAGGGCUUGAUCCUCGGCUUCGACUACCAUCAGAACAUGAAGUUGAUAGUGGGUCAAGGGACCAAGGCAACGGAAUGUGGUAGUGUGACAUCCAUUGCCAUCUCUGCAGACUACUCUACCAUAGUAGCGGGCCAUGCGAACGGGUCAAUCUUUACUUGGGAGAUCAGUCGGCCUGCGAGACCCUUUUUGCAGGUUGCACCAUUAGCUCAUGCCGAGCUGAGUCAACGGCAACACCCAGAUGGUCACGUCUCGGACUGUGCUGUACUUCAUGUAGGCUUCCUCGGAACACGACAUACGGCACUCGUAUCUGCUGAUGCCGGAGGAAUGGCGUUCUCACACCUCGCCACCCGCGGCUUGGGACCAGUGACAAGGACGAUCAAGAGCACACGACUACUAGGCAGAUAUCCUACUACAAACGAAAGUGCUGAGCGCAACCGGAAACCGAGCUCAGUCCUCGCCUUCUCGCCACUCCCACUGGGCAACGUCGAGCAAUCUACUGAUAACAUGGGCCUGACAGCUCUGCUGACUCCAUAUCUACUCGUCAUUGUCUCAACCACACCAAUCGCACAAACUCAGCACAAGUCUAGUCGACCGAAAGAAAUCACACCCCAUGGCACUUUGAGUGGCUGCCUAGCAUGGUUCCCAGCCGUCAAACUCAAGGCAUCUAACGCGGAGAAAGACAAGGAGAACUCGGAUACGAAGCUCGUGUACUGCUGGUCAAAUGUCCUGAUUGUGUUGGAAGUGGUCGUGCAAGAAAAUGCGGAUCCGGCGAAGCCACCGAGUCUAGAGUUCCAUGUGCGAAGCCGAUGGCGCGCAGACGAAGCUAUCGUCGCCGUGCAAUGGCUCGGCCGGUCUGUUCUGGGGGUACUGACUGUAAGCCAGCGGCUUCUCAUUGUAGAGGACAAUACACUUCAAGUCACGGACUCCAUUGAUCUGCUGCACCGCCAUUUAUACCAUCAGAACCUAUUCGCUGAUCAGCUUCAAGCGAUCGUAGAGCGCGUGGACAGCGAUGAUCCUUCAUUGCAUGGGGUUGUAGCAGAUGCCUUCUACAUGAGCUUCCGUGCCUACAAGGGGCGAGUUUUCCUGCUUGGAUUCAAUGACCUGACGGUUGGCACACUCUCAAAUUGGGCGGAUCGACUCAUGGCGCUCAUGGAGAACGGCGAUCAUAUUGCCGCCAUCCGCCUCGCAACGGAAUACUACAGUGGCGGCGCGAACAAUGUCACGAUUGGCCUGCCCGAGAAUGACGCAGCGAGGCACGAAGUCGUGCGAGAAAGGUUACUAGCUAUGAUUAGUGCAUCACUCAGCUACAGUUUCUCGCAACACGAUGAAGAGCGAUCGAGUCGAUUGCAGGAGCUGGCCGAAGUCUGCUUCGGGGCGUGUAUGGGUAUGCAAGAGACAGACUACCUCUUCGAUGAUUGCUUCGACAACUUUGACGAUGCAGACGAGAGCGAACUUUUUGUUACGACACUAGAGCCAUACGUGCUAGAUGGCGAAGUCAAGGUCCUACCGACAGAAGUCGUCAACAGUAUCGUCUCGCACUUUGUCUCCGAGAACCAAGCAGCCCGACUCGAAGAACUGUUAUGCAGACUCGACCCCUUAGCCUUCGACCUCGAUCAGAUCACGAUGCUCUGCCGACAACAUGGUCUUUAUGAUGCUUUGAUCUACGUCUGGACGCAAGGCAUAGGAGACUUCGUGACACCAUUGAUUGACCUCCUGACUCUAGUCAAGAUGCUACGACAAGGUGAUGACGACGAAGAUCUAUCAGAUGAUCCCUUCUAUGAGUCUGCGAGCAAGGUUUUCCCGUACCUGGCGUAUGCUUUGACUGGUCGACGAUACCCUGGUGGUGAUCUAAUUGAUGAUUCGGAGGCGGAGAGGGUGAAGGCGGAUUUGUACGAGUACGUCUUUGCUGGUACGCCUAUGCCUUGGCCACCCGGCUCGCGAAGCACAUUCCGUGUUGCAGAUACUGCUGAGGACGAGCCUGCAUUCCCAUAUCUCGUGCUACUAUUGAAGUUCGAUACCGCGAACUUCAUCAGCAUGCUGAACGAAGCCUUCGAAGACUCUUUCCUCAACGUCCUCGACGAAGAUUCCACCACCAACGGCUUUAUACUGAACGGCUCCAGUAAGCGAGCCGGCUACACAAUGACUCGACAACACAUCAUUAGCAUUAUGCUAGACGUCAUGCGCCAACAAGAUUUCUCUCCCGAGCAGGUAAUCUAUCUCGACAUGUUCAUUGCUCGAAGCCUGCCAAAAUAUCCCGGCCAGCUUGUUCUGUCCGGCUCACUCCUCACGCAAGUGCUGCAGAGGUUAUGUGACCCGCCGACGGAUGAGCUACGGGAGGACUGUCAGCUGAGUAUCGAGUACCUGCUCUCGGCCUAUAAGCCGCCUGAUGUCUCAAGACUUGUGCGUUUGUUGCGGGCUGCGAGGUUCUUUCGGGUGCUCAAGACGGUUUACCGUACGGAACGGAUGUUCACGGAUCUGCUUGGGGUGUACUUUGUGGAUCCGGAAGAUAGACAGGGUGUCUUUCGUUGCAUAGCGGAUUGUCUGCUCCCGAGUACUGCUGCUAGCCAGAAGCAGAUUUCUGCGGUCAAACGCAUCGUACUGGAUCAUGCUGUGGAUCUAGCCGAUAUCGAUGUCGUGCAGGCUGCACGUACACUCUGCACAUCCGCUCCAGAUCUUCUUGAGCCUACUGUUAAUGCCUUGCAAGACUCAUACCAGCAGUUCUUAUUCCUCAGGACCAUACUUGAGCCUGCUCUGCUGCAGCAGUCUCGCGCGAGCAUUGCCACGCUGCCAACACCUGAAGCGCAGAAAUCGACUUUCAUCGAACAAUACAUACAGCUUAUGUGCUUGCAUAACCCGACGCGAGUAGCUGGCUAUAUCGACACGCUACCGACAAGCAAUCUACACCUCGAUCACAUCCUGCCUGCGAUGGAAGAAGCAGGCGUAAUAGAUGCUGCUGUGUCACUUUUGAGUAAAGAUGGCAGAGCAAGGGACGCCAUGGAUCGCCUAGUAUCGCAUUUACAAAGUCUCGAGCAGGCACUGACAAGCCUGCUUACGACUGCAGCUGAAGCACCCGAUGAGAGUGCCACGUACGAAGCUGCUGACGAUCUGACUCAAGCUGUUGAGAAGUACACCAAAGUCGGCAUCUGGUUAUGUCAAGGGCAGACCGCAACGACACAACGCCGACCACGACCUCGAACGAACCUUGCUUGGGAUGUAUCGGAGGACGACCUUGAUCUGGACGAGUAUCUGUGGCUGAAUCUAGUCGAUGCAGUCGUGCAGGUCACGAAGAAUGCUGGUGCAGCGGCAAAUCAGUACGAGGACCAGAGGACAUCCUCGGGACAUGAUGUCCUCGAUGUCAAUCAGAUCGUGGCAUCCCUACGCAACAACGUUCAACAGACCUUCACGGCGCUCUUAUCGGCGACCGCCACAUCGAGCGCAAAGCGUGCACCAGACAGCAACACGAACUCGCGACAAGACAACCUCAGUUUCCUCCGCGUCCUCCGUGCCUUCCUCACGCGCGCCGCAACCACCGCUCCCUCCCUCGCCGACCUCCGCGCAGUCCUUUCCGAUAUCUUCUCCGCUUACGCCUUCGAACAAGGAGUCUUGAGCCUGGCCAACGAACUCCUAGGCUCAGACGUCUUCGCCGAGAUCAAGGAAGUCCACGAUCUACGCCAAAGAGGCUGGAGGCCCCGAUCGCAAGUCUGUGAGCAGUGUAAGCGGAGGGCGUGGGGUCAAGGCGUCGGUGAAGCGGUCUGGGAUGCUUGGAUUGUGAAGGAGGGGAGUCGAGAAGCUGAGAAGGCGCGGAAACUUGUUGAGCGGGGGGGUGGGGAGGAAGCUCGACGGCUGGAGAGGGGUAAGGCGAAGGCGAAGGCUGCCGUUACUACUGCUGAACGAGGUGGUGUGGAAGAUGAGGAGAGUAGGAAGUUGACGCUGGUAGUGUUUGCUUGCCGGCAUGUUUACCAUCGGGUCUGCAUCGAUCCUGGGUUUAGAGAUGGCGGGGCUGGUAUGAGGGGCUUGUUGAAGUGUCCACUAUGUAAUCAUCAUGAAUGA